CUGGUGUUUUUGAUAGAUUCUUUUUCAGUAGUAUUUGACUCGAUUGGUGAGCGGCCACUGGUGAAACGUCAUAAGAUACAACUUAUUGGCAAAAUAAUGUCAUGUUGCGAAUUUAAACAUAUCGAAAAACCACUCAUAAGGACGUAUGAAGAAGAAAACAUUGUUAAAAUGCCCAGAUAUUCGCAAAACUCGAACAGCGGACCAGUUUGGACCAAGACUUCGCUUUGUAAAGGCUCCCGAAUUACGCACUACGCCGCACAGGCCCUUGCUCUAUGUUCCUCCCACUAG